UAGAUUCCGUGGCGAUUGCAGUGAAUAUAAACAAACAAAAGCAGAAAGAAAGAUACAUCUACUCUCUCUCCCUCUUCUCCUUCUUCUCAUUUCUCUCUGACUCACUCCAAAUUCAGUGAAAUCACCGUUGGAUAUGUCGGACGAGGAGCACCAUUUCGAGUCGAAGGCCGACGCCGGAGCCUCCAAGACUUACCCUCAGCAAGCCGGUACCAUCCGCAAGAACGGUUACAUCGUCAUCAAGGGCCGUCCCUGCAAGGUUGUUGAAGUUUCGACUUCAAAGACUGGAAAGCACGGUCACGCUAAGUGCCACUUUGUUGGAAUUGAUAUCUUCACUGCCAAGAAGCUCGAAGAUAUCGUUCCCUCUUCUCACAACUGUGAUGUUCCCCAUGUGAAUCGUACUGACUACCAGCUCAUUGAUAUCUCUGAGGAUGGAUUUGUGAGUCUGCUCACUGAAAAUGGAAACACCAAGGAUGAUCUCAGGCUCCCUACUGAUGAUUCUCUCCUGUCUCAGAUUAAGGAUGGGUUUGCUGAGGGUAAGGACCUUGUUGUCUCUGUCAUGUCUGCUAUGGGUGAGGAGCAGAUUUGUGCCCUGAAGGAUAUUGGCCCAAAGAACUAAAGAUUUGAUUCCAUUUAUGGCAACAUUGGCAGUUUGUUGUUUUCAUUUUAAGCAGAAAAAAACAUAUUUUUGUAAGCCUCUUUUAUCAUAUAGCCUUUUGUUCAAAACCGGGCUUAUAAAUUCUCUCUAGUCAGACUAGUAGUCUCUUACCAGUGUUGUUUAUGGAUGUGGUGGUGACAGGAUACUAUAUUCCAUUUUUAUGUUGUCUUUUUCUCUGUUGUCCUGUGACUUUCUUAUAAAGAAGGAGGAGUCUAUCAUGAAGAGAAGUUUGUCCUUA